UGCCACCAUAAUGAUAACAUUAAUUGAAACUUUUAUAAUUGCCUUACCAUAUAAAUUUUUAAUUAGUUUGACAUGUACAGUAUACGACAUGCUGUAUAAUAGACUGUAGGUACAGGGUGACUUAACAGUUUAGCCUGUAUAUAGACAACGCAGGUAUAUAGUAUAAGAUGUAGGGAUAAGUUGUUGUCCAUGAGCCAUACAGGUAAAGUUUACAAUUAACACUAUUGGGCAUCUUAUUUACAUAACACAGGAAGAGCAAUGGUCCUAGGAAAGGAUAUUCCCCUGUGGGACUCCACAGGCUAUUGGCAUGGGUGUUGACUCGAAGUUAUUAGCAACAACAAUUUGUUUCUUGUUACUAAGAAACCAGCUGACAGGCCCAAUGCCAAGAGCGUGCAGUUUUACACGUACAGUAUAUCGUGAACAAAUGUCCGGAUGAUUUUUUUUCGGGGGGAGGGGUGGGGAGUGUACUGUAGUGUGUCCCGUCAAGACAGUCUUUGGUCCCGUCCAGCAAGUGGCAAGGUGGCAACUCCCCGGUGUUGUGGCCCUCACCAGCUGGCUGUGGUGGUGGCUCACUCACCUGCGUCUGUAGAUGGCACUGAGACCGUGAAGUUAAAUAAUUUCUGACCCUGUAUAAGUAUUUCAGUGUUAUAUUUUGUACCGUGAACAAGAUUUAAAUAUGUAUAAUUGCCAACCACUAUUGGAUCGAUUGACACAUGUUCUCGUUAAGACAGGAGCUAUUGAAGAGUUUUCCAUGAAAGAAACUCCAUUGGAGAAAAUUAAAUUUUGUCUUGAAAAAGAAGUGAUAUAUGAUACAGACAUCAAAAUCAAUUUAAGAACUGAAAUUCAGGAUCUCUUAAAUGCCCUUUAUGAAAAGUGUGGCGAUCAUGGCAAGUCACAGGACUUCGCCUUACAAGCAAAGAAUAAAGGUUCAAAGGCAUAUCUUAAAAAGAAGGAUGCAGAGGCACUCAACAACUUUACUGAGUGCCUUUCCUUGGCACCAACAGAAUCCACAAUCCUGCCUUUGGCAUAUGCCAAUCGUUCUGCUGUACUUUUCCAGAUGGGUAGAUAUGAGGAAGCUCUCCAAGACAUGAAUCGAGCAGAGGAAAAUGGAUAUCCUGCAGCUCUCCAACACAAGUUGCUGACUCGCCGCUGUCACUGCUAUUUAAUUCUGGGAAAAGAAGAUGAGGCGAAAGCAAGUUUUGAUAUUUGCAAGAAACAUUCUCGAGUUAUUCCUCCUGAAUCUAAAGAAAAAUAUGAAAAGGCAGUGGCAGACCUUGAGCAGAAAAUGAUGGAUAAUACACUGAUUAGGAAGGUGACCAAUUGUCAAGAUGUUUUACAUGAUCCCUCCAUUAUUAAAGGAGAGAGCUCUGUUGUCAAGUAUAUGACUUCUGCUUUUGAAUUGAGGGUGAAUGACAAGUAUGGUCGUCAUAUAGUUGCCAGUGAUGAUGUGAGCAAGGGCUCAGUAGUUUUUAUGGAGAAGCCAUAUGCUGCCAUCCUUUUGCCAGAAUAUCACAACUCGCACUGUCAUACUUGUUUCACGCCAGCAACCAACCCUGUACCAUGCAAGGAUUGUCGGGAUGUAAUAUUCUGCAAGGAAGAAUGCCGAGACCUUGGACAAAAGUGGCACCAAUAUGAAUGUGGUAUUCUGCAUAUUCUUUCAUCCGUGGGGAUUGCCCACCUUGCUGUCAGGGUAAUACUUGUUUCAGGAUGGAAACUUUGUUCUGAUAUCAGGGACGAGGUAAUAGAGGGGAGAGUAGCAGGAGUUGGAAAAAAUGGUGUUUACAAUGGGACAGAUUGGGCUGAAGGAUAUAGAGCAGUGUACCACCUCAUGCCCCAUUUUAACAAAUGUCUUCCAGAGGACCAACUUCAGUACUGUCUAGCAGCGAUUCUUCUGACAAAUGCAGUUUAUGACAAGACAGAUUUUCGAAAACAUAGUGAGGAUGUAAUGAAGAAUGACCGCCUUGAAAUAGCUGAGUUUGCUUCUGCAAUAAUGAGGCAUAUUGCCCAGCUUGUGUCCAAUGCCCAUGCAGUGACACAGAUUAUGGCAUCUAGUUGUGGAGAGAAAAGUAAGGUGGAACAAGUGACACAGAAGAGAGUUGCAUCUGCUAUCUAUCCCACAGCCAGUCUCAUGAAUCACUCUUGUAAACCAAAUAUUAUUAACAGUUUCCACAAGAAUAUGCUGAUAAUACGGACAGUAGAAGAUGUUAAACCGGGUGACCAGAUACACAACUGCUAUGGUCCACACUACUGCCGACAGACUCGCGGAGAGAGACAAGAAUCCCUAAAACGGCAGUAUUUUUUUACUUGCAAAUGUGCACCGUGUACUCAGCCUGAGUAUUUACAGAAAGAGGCAAGUUGGAGUGGAUUUCAUUGUGAGAAUUGUCAAGGUAUAUUAUCCUGGAUGGGUGACAAUGAUGAUGCAACCGGUGGUGACUUAGUAGACAGUGGAGGUGUUCUUCUGUGUCUUCAGUGUCACAAACUGCAAAAACCAUCAACAUGCCUGAUACAUACUUGCAACAAGGUCACCUCUCUUCAUGAAGCUGGUGAGGAAGCAUUGCAGAAAGGUGACCCCCAAGGUGCUGUUGACCUUCUCAGGAAAGCUGUAUCACUAGGCUGUAAAGUAUACCUUCCGGAAAAUCAAUAUUACAUUUCAAUUCGAGAUACUCUUGCACGAGCUUUAAGUGAUAUAGGAGACUUUGAGAGCUGCUGCCUGGAGCUGAGGGAAUGUCUCCGGGUGACAAAAUUGCGAUAUGGGUCCGAGAGUAUCGAGUUAGCACAUGAGCUACUCAAGUUCUCAGACGUAUUAACACUGGCUUCCGUCUCUAACGAUAAAUUCCAAGAUGAAAUUACAGAAGUGACGAGGAGAAUAGAUGAAAUUUUCACGCUAAAUUAUGGAUCUCAGUGGAAGACAUAUCUUCGAACAAGUUGUGAAUAGAAUUUCAAUAAACAUUUCCAGUCUACCAAA